GGCCGGAAGUCGCUACUGUAGCUCGCGCUACUGACUAACGUUACCCAAAGUCUCACUUUUUAGUGGCAUGUGUUCACUUGGAAAGUCUUCAUUAGCUUAAAGCCAUGAAGAAGAGGUUUAAUAUCAAUCUGGACGACUCCGCUUUCACCAAAGAAAGAGCACCGCCAAAACCGCAGUUUCCAGCUUCAUUCAAAGCUGGACAGAGCACAUCUGCCUCAACUUCAUCACCAGUAAAGCCUGCCUCUGAGCCCGCUCACCAGCCAUUUUCAUAUGCAGAAUAUAUCGUCCAGAGUAAAAGCAAUGUGGCUGCUCCUGCUAAGAGAGACGGUCCCCCCAAACCGCUCAGGACUGAAGAUGUUGGUGUGAACAAUCUGAAGCAAAGUGGGGCAGAGUCAGUGUCGUCUGCCCCAGGAGGGUGUGAGACAGCUCAGGACUGUGCUAAAGGGACUGAAGGUGGAUCUGAAGAUGUAAAGAAGAGCGAGGAGACAGUUGCUGCUACAGACCAAAAAGAAGGGAACUGUCAAAGGUCAGAUCCAAGCCUGGGUCCAAAACCAGUGGGGUCCGGGAGCAGUAUCAUUGUCAGUCCUCGACAGAGGGGAAAUCCUAUCCUGAAGUAUGUGAGGAGUGUCCCUUGGGAGUUCGGAGAAGUUGUACCAGACUAUGUCUUGGGCCAGACAACUUGUGCGCUCUUCCUCAGUCUGAGGUAUCACAAUCUCAAUCCAAACUACAUCCAUGAACGUCUGAAGCAGCUUGGACAGACUUUCACCCUGCGAGUGUUGCUGGUACAAGUCGAUGUGAAAGAUCCUCAUCAUGCAUUGAAGGAGCUGGCUCGCAUCUGCAUCAUGGCUGACUGCACUCUCAUCUUGGCUUGGAGUCCAGAGGAAGCCGGGCGUUACCUGGAGACAUAUAAGUCAUAUGAAAAGAAACCAGCAGAUGCACUGAAGGAGCAGGUUGAAAAGAACUAUCUGUCAAAGGUUACAGAUUGUCUGACCACUGUGAAGUCUAUAAACAAGACCGAUGCCAUGACCUUACUGUCAACUUUCUCAUCUGUGGAUGGAAUCAUCAAUGCCUCUAAGGAAGACUUGGUCCUCUGUCCGGGCCUUGGUCCACAAAAAGCACGGCGACUCUAUGAUGUGCUGCAUAAGCCCUUCCUCAAGUCCAAGACAAAAGACAGCUGAAACGUCUUACCAUGGAUGUGUGACAUGCUCCUGAAAAGAACUCUGUUAAGUUGGUGGUCGUAUUGAACAACAUGCGACACACUCACACACGUCAGAGGACUGAAUUACAUACUACUGUAUGAACACUUGAUUUACUGGAGUGAAGAAAGAAAUGCUGACUGCCCUGAGAUUGUGUAUCAGCCAGGGGUGAUGUUUUAAGACUUUAAUGUGAACAGUUUAGCUGCAUAUUAAUUCUGUGCUUUAAGUUAUGAUUAAGUUUGAUGUAUUCUUUUUUUUUUAAAAAAAUGUAAAUAAAUGCUAAUUUGUAAUAUUUGUAUACUGUAUUUUAAUUCUGUGUGACCGUUGCUUUGUUCUCCACAAGAAACAACAAGGGGUGCUUAAUGACUCGCUGACUUGCAAAAGCUAGGGAUAAUUUAAAAUAUCAAAUAAAAUUACUGAAGUAGAUAAAACAUGAACAUUGAACAUUUUUGCUCUACUGUAUAAAAAUCUCAAGUAAACUCAUUUGUAUUUGAAAAACUAAUACAGUACCAUCAGAUAUAGUUUUUGAGUAACUAUUAAACUUAAUGUGCUAAACAUCUGUGGAUCUUUUUGUCUGAAGAGGAGUUCACUAUCAAAUUUUGUAAAAUCAAGAGGUUGCGGCACUCUUUUCAAGAGCGCGGUGCUGCC